UAUGUUCUCAGCAAAAGGAAUCAAUUUUGGAGAAACUACAUAAAUACAUUUUGCAAAUUGAUAAACCAAUGUUUGCUAUCAUAUCAUAUAAAAUCAUAUACGCUCAAAUCGCAAAGUAGUCCCGAAAUGCUAAUGUUUAUUGUGCUGCGGAUUAAUUCGAUUGCGUUUGAUUUACAUGCAGAAUAUUACAUUCACAAAGUUUAAAUUUUAAUAUUGAAAAGCCGUUGUUUGGCUCCUCGCGCAAUGGUCAUCUUCCAGUUGGAUCAAUUCCCGGAUGUUUGCCGCUUGUGUAUCCAGCCCAAACCGAUAGAGCAGAUGAUACCGAUCGAGUGUAGUAGCAUGGACCAUGGGAAUCGAACGCUUCACAAUCUGCUGAACGAUUUAUCAUUUGAGGUGCCUAAGGAUGUUUCAGAGCUGCUCCCGAAAGCUAUGUGCUCCAAGUGCUUUACGGACUUUGAUUUUGUCGUCCAAUAUCAAAGAAAAGUAAAACUCAUCACAUCAUUUUAUGUGGCGUUUGCACGAUUAAAAGCUGGUGACACAAAUGCAAUAGAAGACUUAUUCAUUUGUAGCAGAUUAGAAUUAGGAAAUCUUUUUAAAGAAUUGAACGUCUGCGAUAUCCUAGAUCUGGAUCAAUUACUUGAAUAUGAUCCAAGGAUAAGGAAGCCCAAUCGAGCUGAAACUAAACCCGAAAAGCUAUUAAAAUUUGAAGACAGAACUUUGGAAAUAAAUAAUAUUGUUAACAAACAAGAAGAGGCUGAGUACUACAAUGUUGAAUAUAUCGAGGAUCCCGAAGAUGGAAAUUGUGAAAAGCCAAACGAUGGUAAUCAACCUACUUCCAGUGAAGCCAUCGAAUCGGUGGCAGAGUUUUUGCAAGAAACGGAUGAGGAUUCGGAAACAUUAUAUCUUCUUAGCGAGGGGGAACUAAUGGAGCCUAAGGAAUUACCUUCGCCGAAGAAACAAACAGUCGAAAUGCCACAAAAGGCACAUACAAGAAAAGAAGAAUCAGAAUUUAGGCCGCAGCAAUCCAAACGGAAGCAAAAAAUAAGAAUGAUUCAGUGCCCUUACUGUAAAUAUCGAACAACAUCAAAGAGCAUGUUCCAACAUCACGUAGAUCGACACGAGAACCCCAACGAUGCAAGCCCAUGGAAAUGUUCGUUCGCUAAUUGUAGUGAAGCCUAUGCUACCAAAGAAGACUUGCUGAAGCAUAAGAAAGAAAUACAUUCCAAGUAUGUUUGCGACAUUUGUGGCUUAGUGCUGAAGCACAAGUACUCGCUGGAAGUGCACCUUCGGCGACACUACGGAGACAGCAAGUACCCCUGCCGGUACUGCGAGACGUCGUAUUUCACUGCAAAUGAGUUGAAGCUGCAUGUGACGGUUGCUCAUCUGAAUACGGCGAAGCUUCAGUGCAACGAGUGCGGUUUGGCUUUCAAAAAUAACAAAUCCUUGUCUCUGCAUAUGAAAACACAUUCCGAGCAGCGCAGCUUUUCAUGCGAUGAAUGCAGCAUGACUUUCAAGACUCCCGCCAUUCUCCGCCGCCACCAAAAUAACGUCCACCGGGGUAUUAAAUUUAAUUGCACUAUGUGUACGGUCAGCUAUGGACGGAAGGAUAAACUUCGGAUGCAUAUGGAGAAAAUUCAUAAGGUUCAAACCUACUUCCCGUGUGAAAUUUGCCUCAAAAGUUUCACGACGGCCUUGGACCUGGAUGAGCACAUUGAUCACCACCGCCACCCCAAAGAACUUGAAUGCCCCACGUGCCUGUCCGCCUUCCUCGACGCGAAAGACUUCGAAGAGCAUCUUUGCAUAACGUACCGAGAUGACUAUUACUGUUGCGAUCGUGAUUUCAAAUACCAUGUUCAGUACAACAAGCACAUGUUCCUGGUUCACGGAAUGAAAACAAAUGCCCGCAUCAGACUGGCGCGUGAUCAGCUGCUGGGAGCAGCGAGGGCGUCCCGUAAACAAACCGAACGGUGUACAAAGUGCGAAAAGGUGUUUGCCACGAGAAAACUCAAAAAAGAUCAUAUGACGCAUUGUUUCUCUGGUGGGAAUCUCACACAAAUGGAAGUUGAUCAGGUUAAAACAAAGUUUGAGUUUCAUGAGGGCACGAUCAUGGGCACAGAAGAAAAUGCUCAUCAGCUAACAUAGUUUUUUAUAGGAUCCAUUCCACAACAUAUAAUGUACGCCGGAUGUUUGUAUAAAUAGUUCUAUUAAAUAUCUUAUGUUCAAGUUUUAUAAAGUUGAA